UCUGCUGAUAGUUCUGUUUACAAGAGGUGGGGAGAUGGACCUGACCUGCUGCCCGGAAAAAUGCAUUGGGUGUUGAAAUUGUAGUGUUUUUCUUGUUGCUGAUUACCUUUGGAAUAAUCCGUGACAAUGGCCCAAUGCAAACUGAGUCCCCAUGAGUAUAUUCAGAACGCCUUCUCACCCCAAGUGGCGAUAUUAUGCAGUGAGGAUGCUGACAACCUCUGCCUCAAGAAUAACCUCAGAUUUGUGGAGUUGAUUCAACCUUUUUGUCGCCUCAAUAGUGAAAUUCGCAUUGCUGAUCCUGCUGGGAAUACAGUGCCAAUCAGAAACCUGCGUGUGGUGUUUGAGGACAUGAACAGGCGGCCACCCCAGCCAACAUUAGGCAAGAAGCUGUUAAGUGAAGUAGUGAGCUCAACACCUUGGGACCGCCCUGUUACAAGGACAAUCGGAGCAUCAGGCACUCGUGAAGCACUGGAGCUGGAGCUGCAGCAAACUACACCAUGGUUUGAGACAUGGCGAGACACCUUCCUCCAUGUCCAGUAUCCCUCUGAUCAUGAAUUCACCAAACAUUACAUAGCGUGUAUUGUGGUUGUAGCCUCCACUAGUGACAAUCCUAUGGACCAGUUGAACCGGCUGUCACAAUACUUGCACCAGCAGUUACAUCAGACUCCUGCACGAUUUCCAAAGUGGUUUUCUCCCAAUAUCUUGAAAUUUUUUGUUUUACUUCAUGACGUCUCAGCUGGGGAUCUUAGCAGAUCUGAACAAAUAUUUGAACACAUGGGAACCACUUUUGGGAGCAAUAACUGCCAUCUGCUCCAGAUAAACUCCCGGGAAACAGACCAAUCAGAUGUUCACUUGCCAGAUCCCUGGAGUCAGUUCCUUCUGCAGCGGGCAGCCUGUGACCUAAGUGGAGCCAGCAGUUCUGAAACCAGUAGUGGCACAGGCACUCCCCGGGAGGAUGUGAGUGGCCUUCCCUCCCGAGUGUCUGAGGGCGACACCACUGAUAAUACUGAACCAAUACAUCCCCUGUCUCCAACAUUACCUCCUGUGGAUGAGAAAAAUGGAACAUAUGAUAUGAUGCCUGGAGUAGAAAUAUCAUCUGAUGUGCCUGUAAUGGUCAACAGACCUAACAUGCUAGUAGGCACUGCUCAGCACCAUGGUGGCUGUCUCACCUCCUCUGAUGUGGAUCGCAUACGUAUCUUUAUCCAUGAAUUUUGUGUGAGGUCUCUAAUUCCACAUGUAGAAAAACAGAUCCGAUAUCUGAAUGAGGUAGUAACUAACAGGUCCCGUUCUAAGUCUCUCCUGAGUGCUACGAGGCGCUGGCUGGUGGGCAACAAGAGUCCAGGCAGUGCCACCAACUCUGUGAUUUAUAGUUCUGAAGCCACUGAAUUACAAACAAGACGACUUGGAGACUUGUGCUUCAUGUUUGGACUAUAUGAAGUUGCCUACAGUUAUUAUCACACUGCAAAGAAUGAUUUUAAGAGUGAUCAAGCAUGGCUAUAUUUUGCUGGUGCUCAAGAAAUGGCUGCUCUUGCUGCUUUCAUGCAGAAUAGCUCAGAUUAUCCCAAAAGAUAUCUGGAAAACAGCUUGCAAACCUACCUCAAUGUCUGCAAAGUAUAUAACUUUGCCAUCCGAUCCACACUACUUAGCACAGAAGUACUGAAACAUUGUGGAGAGUUUGGAGAGGCUGCUAUGAUGUUCAUCAAACUGACCUCAGAAGAGAGUGACCUCUUAUCAGCACUCAUGUUGGAACAGGCUGCUCACUGUUUCAUCAACUCCCAGAGACCACUGCCAAGGAAAUAUGCAUUCCACAUGACUCUUGCAGGACACCGAUUCAGCAAAGCUGGCCAACGCUCUCACUCUUUAAGGGCUUACAAGCAGGCCUUUCAGGUGUAUGCAGCUCAUGGAUGGGUCCUUGCAGAAGAUCACAUCCAUUUUACUCUGGGUAAACAAGCACACCAUCUCAAACAGCUGACAGAGGGCCUUGAUGCAUACACAAACUUAGUGGAUCAGAAGCUCAAGAAGAAUGCAUCCAGCCAACAGUCCCCUUCUCAACAGAUAACUUACAUAAGGGAGUUCAUCAACAUUUUUCACCAGUACACUGAACAAGAAUGGAAUUCCUCUAAUGGUGCUCCUUGUCUUCCUCUACCAUUGAUUGAGUCUCAAGCAACAAGGGUAUUGCUUGGAGCACCUCAAGAUUCUCCAACAAGCCAAGAUUGGAUCCCAGCAUCACACUUGUCACUAGAUGCCCUACCAGCCAAUAAUGCUCGGUGGUUUGCAUUAGAAAGAGAAGUGAUUGAAGCAUUCCAUAGUUUGAAUUCCAUGACAUUUAAGCCAAACUUGCAACUCCUCACUAAUGAUACUCCAAACACUGAUAGUCCUGUUGUUCCUGUAAAUGAACCAGUUCUUGUUGAGAUUAUCAUGAUUAAUCCUCUUUCACUGAAUCUUGUGAUCAGUGAUGUAAGGUUAGUUUUCACAUUUGAACCAUCAGAAGGUGAUGAACCAAAUGAUGCACCUGUCAAACAUUCCACUCACGCUGGAUUCGUAUUAGCUGCUGGUGCUCAGGAGCCUGUUAGGUUAGAGUUAAUUCCAAGCUCUCCAGGAAGAAUAUUAGUUAGGGGAGUUAUUUAUAAACUCUCCUUACCUCCUGAUGCUUCAGCUACAUCUGGGUCAUGUUCAGCUCCUGUUGUGAUUGAGGGCCAACAGAAGAUUGAAGUUAAGGGUCCAAGACUCAACAACACAAAUACAGAAAAGUGUAGUGCAGUGUAUGCCAAUGAUAAAAGGCUUGAUAUAACUGUUCUGCCACCUAUGUCAAGACUAAGCGUAUCUUUUCAUGACAUACCACAAAUAAUGAGUUGUGGUGAAUUGUGUAGUACAGAUGCAGUGAUCACAAACAUUGGGCCAUGUCCAAUUAACAAACUAAAGCUGGCCGUGUCAUAUCCAAAUCAUGUGUAUAUGGAAAUUAAAGAUAUAUCAUUGCCAAAUAAGCAUGUGUGUGUUCUUAGGGAAAAUGAAGCAGCUGAUAGCAAAAUAACUAAUCGAUUAACCUCAUUGCCUUUAGAAAAUGGCACUCUCAAUUCUGGUGAAAGUAUACAAGCAAAACUUUGGCUUCAUGCACCCAUGUCUCCUGGAGCAUUUGAAGCGGAGCUUCUCUUCUAUUAUGACACUGCUGGUGUUGUAGGAAAGAAAAAGUACCGGCUGUUACGUCAUCAUAGUAGCAUAUACUUAGAAAGAAGCCUGAGUUUGAAGGUGUCAUCAGCAGUAAGUCAAAACUUGCAGGAUUCUCUUAAGAACUCUGAAGAUAUUCCUGGAUCAUGCAGCUACACAUCUAAUCUUCAUGUAGAAGUUUUCAAUAACUCUGAGGUUGAUAGCAGUUGCAGUUCCUACACAGUAGUAGGACUCAGCGGUAACAGCAAACACUGGGCAGUGGUUCCUCAUUCCACUUUACAGGGCCAGACCCUGAAAGCUGGAGAAUCAUGCCACCUGUGUGUCAAAUGUGUACAGUACCUGAAUCCAGACCCAAGUAAUCUGGUUCUUUCACAGCUCCAAUUUAACAACUCUCAAGUGAGUUUUAUGGGUCCUCUGAACUCAUGGUGGCGUUUUUCACUGCGAGAACGCAUUACCCUCCUUGAUCUGUUGGCUGAUCCUCCGCCUCCAAAUCCAACAGCAGAUCACAUACCACCUCCACCAACCCAAGACCAAAUGGAUGCAAACCACAUUAAUGCCGCUAAUACCCUAGACAUGGUGGUAACAGCCAUUUGGAAGGGAGAAAGAGGAGGGCAUGAAACAUGGGGCCAACACAGUGUUCAUCUGAAGUCUUUAGGAGAUAGCAUCAGUUUCCCUGUAUCCUCAAUAAGCCAGGCUGGAGAGGAAGAGAAGCCACCAGUUCGAAUAAUUCCAGAAACCCCUGUUCAGCUCAUACCCACAAUCCUCCCUCCUGCAUCCAAACAGAAGCAUAUGGUGAAAGUUUCUGCUCAUUUUCCAUGUUCUAUGGACCAUGACUUCAUAACUAACAGGCUGUGUUGUCUGGAGUUUGAGUUGUAUCUGCACAACUGCAGUGCCUGUCAUCUAAACACUUUCCUCAAUCUUGCUCCAGAAGCUUUCCCUGGGAGCAGUUCAGGUUCAAGCAGCCAGAUGUACUCUCCUCAAGCAAGCACUCAACUAUUGUAUGUUGGAGGAACAGUCCGCAAGAUUUCCCUCUUGCCAUGGGGUAGCAGUAAAGUCCCUGUUCGUGUGUUGAUCACAAGCCCUGGCACCUACAGUCUUGGUGUCAUAUCUUUGACUUCACUAAGGAUGAAUGCCAGUAAGGAUAAAUCAGAACAGCCUAUACCACAAAUAUGCCAGCUGCAAACUGCUGUCACUGUGAGACAGACAUCUAGAACCCAUGGGGCUCACAACACAUGAUAGUGCCAGUAUCAUAGAGAAAGGCUGUUAUCCGAGGCAGAGGUAUUCUAAGCUAUGGUGAUCAUGGCUAAAAGGUAAAUUUUUCAACCAAGGCAGGUAUUUGUAAGUGUUUUAAAUUAAAAGUAGCUAGACAGUGUUUGUUAUUCAGUAUCAUGUAAAGUUUAAAGAUUUACUGUUAAAUAAAAAAACUGAACUGUUUUUAGAUAAUAUGUGUAUCCACUUGAAACUGUAAAUAGCUGCAGAUCUGAUUAAAUAAAUUUGAAUUCAGUUAA